AGUGUUAAAUUUGAUUUCAAUCAAUACAUUGGCCAAAUAUCUGCUGAGGAAUUUUGUCAUUGGAUUGCUAUCAUUGAAGGAGAUCUUUCUUGGGGAAUUUGGUGUUUUUUAAGAAAAGGAGAUAAUGGGGAUUGUGCUACGAAUAUUUAUCUGUGCUGUGUUGAUUGCAACAGUGAGGUGUGAAUAUCCAUCUAAGGAUGUGAGGGAGACUCAGAUGGAUGUACCUGAUUGGCCACCAGGUACAGAUGCUCCUGAUAUCCCUAAUCCGGAGCAGGAUGAUUUGCCUGAUUGGCCACCACCAACUGAUUGGCCAGACACGGAAGCACCUCCUGAUGCUGAGAAUGUUGAGGAAUCUUCAGCAUGGAUGGUCACAGCUAUCGUCUUUAUUGUUCUCUUUAUAAUUGCAGUGGGACUUGCUAUCUACAUGUUCGUUACUCUUCCACCCCGAUACAGCACCAAUAAGACCUUUACUCUGCCCAGAGUUAACACACCAGCCCACUAAAAAUAGCAGCAUCUUCCACUUUUAUCAACAUUAAAAAUAAUACUUAUAGUGAUCGGUUUUUUUUUAGCAAAUAAGGAAUUUUAUAGUGUAUAACUCCCGCCAAUUUUUAAAUAAAUUAUUCCUCCUAA